AUGUCAUCAAAGCACGAAAUACUUGAUAAUCGACCAAUUGAUAAAUGGAAGGUUAUAGAGUUGAAAGAAGAACUCAAGAGACGGAAGUUGACAACUCGAGGCUUAAAAAAGGACUUGGUAAAACGGUUAGAUGAAGCUAUUAGAGCAGAAAGGGAAAACAAUACUGCAAAUGAGGCAGAUAAUGGUUUUAAUUAUGAUGAAGGGGUCGAGAAAGCAAUGCCAAGUAUUGUAGAGAAAGUUGAAGAUGAUGGUGGUAGUGGGUUGAAGUUGAAGGAUGAUGUUAUUGAUUGUGCGACUGCGUCGGGUCACGGAGUAGUUAAGACUGAAAUAACACUUACCCACACUGUGGUAACGGAGGUACCAGAGGUUGGACAAAAUUUGCAGAUCCCGAAACUAGAAGAAAAUGUGAAUUCUAACAUCCAAGGGGAGAAUGAUGGUCCGAAGCUUGAGGUGGAGAGGGAUGACCCCAAGGCUCAGCUAGGGAAUGAGGAUGGCAUGCGUGCCUCUUCUGCUUUGAACAAUCAGGUAUCUGAGAUCAACACUAUUUCUACUGAUUCUAUGUCAGUUAAUGAAAAGAUUGAACUAAAGGAUACUGUAAUUGAUGAUAAUGUGAAACAAAGCUUAGAUGUUGUACCGAUGGAUGAUGAACAACCACUUGAGAACAAGGCAUCUGUUGAUGAGAGAGAUGACAAGAAUGAUACAACUACAGACAUAAGCAGUAAAAAUGACAGUGGGGAGAUGGGGUACUCUGGGAAAUUAAAUUUAGAUAGUUCUGGCGAUGAAUCAAUGGAGGAAGAUAUGCUUGAAACUAAGCAAAUUGAUCCAAAAUGUACUUCUGAUGAAAUAGGAGAAAAUAGUGUGGAAAAUGAGGAGGGAAUGCCUGUUGUUGUAGGAGAUGGUUCAUCUACAGACAGAAAGGACGUCUUUGAUGUUCCUGCUGAGAAAAGAAAGCUUUAUGAUGAUGAAGCUAUUGGGAACACUGAGGCUACGAAAAGGCAUAAAUGGAACUCUGAUAAUUUACUAGUGCAGCAAGCCACUAAUCAUACAGUGACCAACAACACUAGUGAAGAUACACCCGGGGAACGACUUGUUCCACCUUCACAAAAACCUCCGACCACUUCACUUAGAGUUGAUAAUUUUCGUCGGCCUUUUACCUUGAAAGCGGUGCGACAACUUUUAGGCAAAACUGGGAUUAUUGCAAGCUUCUGGAUGGACCACAUUAAGACCCAUUGUUAUGUUACAUAUUUAUCUGUGGAAGAAGCAAUAGAGACACGAAAUGCCAUUUAUAACCUGCAAUGGCCACCUAAUGGGGGACGUCUGUUGGUGGCUGAAUUUGUUGAUCCUCAUGAAGUUGAAAAUCGUGUAGAAAGUCCACCACCAACUACAACUGUCACCGACAACUGUGGUUUUACUGCUCAUCAACAACAGGUUUCUGAACAGCAGCCUCUUUCACCACCUCCUCCAGAGGAACCGGAUUCUCCUAUGCUAACCCUAGAUGACCUAUUUCGAAAAACCAAAGCAACUCCUAAGAUCUAUUAUUUGCCUCUGUCAGAAGAACAAGUUGCUGCAAAGCAAGCUACACAUUACAGACACACCAAACACUGGUGAUCGAUCGGCCUAUAGUUUAUC